CUGCAACUCAACUCUCUGGGAAAAAGUGAUAAGAGCGCAGGUGUUGUGUGCAUUUCUCGGGCCCCUUGAUGACAUCCGAUGUGGAAGAAACUAAACGCGCAGAAGCCAGAAGCUUUCCAAUGUGAGAUCAAAAACAACCAAAUCACUAGGCGACGACCGCCACCAUAACAACAGGCCCAACCCGCGGCCUGCUCCUCUCCAUCAUUAAGGCCGCGUGAUUGAAAUCCAACCGGAAACAGGGAGAAAGUGUAACGCAGGAGACCACUGGUCCCCUGCGGGAAGGUGCGGUGGUCUCGUCCACCCUGAGAAACGCUCCAUGUGGAUGAGACAUGGGCCAGAUAGCGUCAGCAGUGACUUACGCAGAAGCGCUUCGGGAGAGCUGUGAAGAAGCAUGUGGGCCUUCCUGGUGCUCACCUUUGCCCUCGCUGUCAGCGCAUCAGACACCGGCAACGACACGGCGGCGGACGAGAAGCUCGACAUCGCCCGAGGAAAACUGCUGGCUCCCAGCGUGGUCGGAUGAGGCAUAAAGAAGAUGCCCGAGCUCCAUCAUUUCCUAAUGGAGCGCUGGGCUUUAUACCACAACUUGGAAUACGACUCAUCGGAGGAGAAGAAUCCCCGUCUGAUAUUCUAUAACGAGGAGGACGAGGUGGUGAAGACUGUUCCCGUGAAGAAAAUGAAGGCUGAGGAGAUCGGCAGCCUGUUGGACUCAUUGGGUUUCUACAAGAGGUCCCAGAAAGGGGAAGAGGUGCCGGAGGAGUUCCAGCAUUUCCCCCUGCGGCCCCCCAGGGACGAGCUGUGAUGACACCUUGUGGCCGACGUCUGCCGCUGCACCCGCGGCCACAUUAGUGACGAGUGGGGCCGCAAGGCCGAACGCAAAGGCCAGGCACCACUCUGAGGACUCGCUGGCUGGGUGCAGCGUGGCAGUCGAUGCCCCGUCGCUCUGUUUUCAUGUGCUUUAAUAAAGAAUAUAGACGCCUGUAAGAUCUCAAUAAAUGGAUUGACGCUUUAA